AUGCCGUUUACGAAACCUGUAGUUGUUAUCGACAACGGCAGUUACAAUAUCAAAGCUGGGUUUGCCUGCGACAACCAUCCUGUCUCCAUCUUCAGGACAGCUGUUGGUAGACCGAAGUUUUUGAAGGGGACCUAUGGAAGGACCCCGUAUGAGGUGUAUGUUGGUGAAGAUGCUGUGGCAAGGGUUGAUGAGCUGGACUUGAAUUAUCCUGUUGUGAAGGGGAGGAUUACUCAUUGGGAUGACAUGGAGAGGGUGUGGCAUCAUAUUUACUAUAGAGAGCUGAAGGCAGCUCCGGAGGAUAGGGCGGUGCUUCUGUCUUGUGCUCCGGCUACUACCAUGAAAGAUAAAAUAAAAUGCUGCGAAAUUUUCUUCGAUACUCUGAAUGCGCCGGAGUUGUGCAUCAAGCAGCAGAGCGUGUUGGCGAUCUUCGGGUCAGGUCACACCACGGGACUGUCGGUAGACCUUGGUCAUGAUAUCACAGAGAUCAACCCUAUCUACGAAGGAGGCGCCGUGAACUACGCCAACAUGCUGUCAAACAUCGCCGGGGAAGAAGUUUCUGACUACAUAAGAGAAUCAUUCAGGAAGCGACAGCUAGAUUUAGGCAAAGACAUGGAUAACGUGAUCAAUCAUAUAAGAAAAGAAUGUUCUUACGUAACCGAGAAUGUUGCCUGUACACGGCAAGAUUAUACGAAGAAGUACAAACUGCCUUGCGGGACUGAAAUAGAUGUUAGCGAAGAGGCUUUUAUGGCUGGUGAGCUGUUCUUCCAGCCAGACUUGGUGUUGGACAGGAAACUAGAAGGGUUUUCUCUCCCCGAUGCUAUAAUGACUGCAUCAUUGAAAUGUGAUAACGAAGUGCAAGAUGAGUUGUAUAAUGCUGUUGUCAUUCAUGGAGGCAUGGCUAACAUUAGGGGUAUGCAUAAGCGGCUUACGACUGAACUUUCUUCGAGAUCUGGUAAACAGGUUAACGUUUUAUAUUCUUCGGAACCUUAUGCAGUGCCGUGGCUAGGAGGAGCAGUGUUUGCAGGAAUGGAAGGCUGCGGCAAGGUGUGGGUUCUUAAGAAAGAGUUUGAAGAACAAGGGGAGAGAAUUGUUAAAAAUAGGUUUUGACAUUUUUGGUAGACGUAAAGUAUCUUAUCGUAGGUUUGUAGCCUUAU